UGAAUCAUAAUAGAGAUUACAAUUGAUUUAAAAUAUUUAUCAAAAUUUAUAUUAAUAUAUAAAACGAGUGAUAUUUGUUAGAAAUGUUGUUAAGACAUCACCUCAAGAGAUAUAUUAUCUGUAAAAACAUUAUUCAAUGUAAAUCAAUGCGAAGAUUGAGUCAAUUGAGUGUCGAAACCAUCGAUGAAUUGGUUACAAGAAAACAAAUUUUAUUACAAAAUAGUUUCAGCAAAAGCAAGAAAAUGUUAGACUUAAGCACCAGAAGUGAUGGUUUAUCUGAUCCAUGGAUGACAAUGUAUUGUUGUGGUCCUACUGUUUACGAAGACUGUCAUUUGGGACACGCAUUGACUUACAUAAGAUGUGAUCUUUUGCGACGAGUUUUGCGCCAAUACUACAACUGCGAGGUAUUGUUAGCCAUGAAUAUGACGGACAUCGACGACAAGAUUAUAGCAAAAGCCAAUCACCUUAACUGUGAUUUUCGCAAAGUGACCAAUCAGUACACCAAUUCAUUUAUUGAAGAUAUGAAAUCAUUGAAUGUAAUGCCAGCCAAUUGUUACCUUAGAGUUACGGAUCAUAUGAAUACAAUUAUUAAUUACAUUAACACUAUUAGAGAUAAAGGAUUUGCUUAUAUCAGCGAUCAAACCAAUGAUAUUAACUUUGAUUUUGAACACUUCAUCAAAUCAUAUAAUAUAAACAAUUAUUUAGGUGGAGAUGACAUGAAAAUUACGGACAAAUCUGUCGGCAAAAAGUCGCCCAAAGAUUUUGCAUUAUGGAAGUCAGCAAAAAACGGUGAACCAAAUUGGCGUUUAGUCACCACUGAUGGCAUUACAAUACCUGGACGACCAGGCUGGCACAUAGAGUGCAGUGCUUUAGUUCAUAAAGUAUUUGGCACUCAACUGGAUAUUCAUUUUGGUGGACACGACCUACGGUUCCCUCACCAUCACUGCGAGUCCUGUUGUAGUCAUGCUUUUCUUGAGUUGGAUGACUCUAAACCGUUGUAUAGUUGGGGCAAUAUAUGGCUUCACUCCGGGCAUCUCAACCUCAAGUCUGAGAAAAUGAGUAAAUCUUUAGGAAAUGUGAUUCUAAUCAAAGAUUUUUUGAAAAAAUAUUCACCAAAUAUUUUGAGGUUAUUUUGUAUUAAACUUCACUAUCGUUCAGAUUUUCAAUAUGAGGAACAUUUAAUCGCUGAAAUGCAAAAUAUCGAUAAAAAACUUCUUGAUUUUAAAGAAAAUCUGAAUUUAGAAAUUUGUAAAUUGUGUUCAAACAACAUAUCAUUGAAUUUAAUUAAAAAUCAAAGACAAGCAUUAUUUUCUGAGGCUAUCGACGAAACAGAGAGAUCUAUAUUAAGAGGAAUUUCUGACGACUUGGAUCUUGAAAUGGGUCUCAAAGCAGUUCUACUUCUGGCCAAACAAUUUAAUUCAACCGCCGAUUACUCGCUAUUGGAUCUGAUAAGAGUCAAAGCCUUGUAUGACAAAUGGUUAGACGGCAUGGGAUUAACAUUUAUAUCAUCAAUAGAGGACACAACUGCUAGAGAAGCGCUUAUAUUGAAUGCUUUGACUAAAUUUCGGUCAGAUGUCCGCCAAAUAGCAUUGAAAUCAUUGAAAAAUAUCGACAAAACUACCAAUAAUACAGAUGUAAAUAAUAUUUCUAAUGAAUUACAUCAAAAUACUAAAGAUUUGCUCACAUUAUGUGAUACAUUAAGACUAGAGUUAGACGGCUUUGGCAUUAAAUUUAAGGAUUUGCCGGUUUCAACAAUAUUGAAAUAG